AUGAGUGGCUCGGUGAGACUCAAGAGAGAGACAACGAAAAGCCAAACGGCGACGAGUGGCUUGAGUUGCAGGGUCUGGUUUUGUCCGGUGGCGGCGUUGGUCCGGUGGAGACGGUGUUCCGGUGAUGAUGGUUGGCCGAGAGAGAAAGAAAGAAAGAAAGAGAUAAAUUUGGUAGCCCCCAUUGACCUUAAUUGGUGUAUUCUUGCCAGAAGUUUACGUCUUAACAACCAUCUGAAUUAUUUAUAUCUUCUUCCAAACGAAAAACAAAACGUAAACACCUUCUGCCUACGAAAGAAAGAAAGAAAGAAGAUGAUGAAGGUUGGGGUAAUGGUGGAGCUUUUUGAAGAAUAUCAAAUGGUGAUGGACAUGUUGAGAGAACGCAUGAGGAGCAUUCUUAAUCAAACCACCACAAGAACUGCAACUCCUUAUUCAGUGUUCUACAGCCACCCUGAUUCCUCUUCUUUCAUUGUAUUUUUCUAG